AUGGCUUUGUGUUUAAGACUUUCAGAUUCCCCACACAAUAUUGGUUCCUCUGAUCCGGACACGAUGGAGCGAACGUUGGAUCUUGAAUCGGACAAACCGGUUCCUGGGAUGUGGCGCUUUCCUACGCAUCGUGAUCUUUGUUGUAUCUACAGAGUCCCAAACUCUAUGCGUCGAGAAAACCCAGAAGCAUACACUCCUCAAAUGGUCCUCAUUGGACCGCUUCACCAUUCUUUAAAAUAUCAAGCUCACAAGUCUCGUGGAGAUAUCACAAAGGCAAAUUCAAUGGCCUACUUAAACAUGGAGGAGCAUAAGAAGAUUUACCUAGCGGAGUUUGCAAAAAGGGUUGAAGGAAAAAAAACCAUUGAUGGAUUCCGGAAGAUAAUCGAAGAAGACGAAACGAUAAUCAGAGCAACUUAUUCGGAAUCAACGGCCUGGAUUGAAUCUCCAGAGUUCGUGGAGAUGAUCCUGCACGACUCUGUUUUCAUAAUAGAGUUCAUUAUGAGGACUUCCGUAAUGCCAACAACAAGAAUAGGGGAUCCUCUCGUGGACGAGAUCUUUCUUGCAAGAACAGUAAGGAGAGAUCUCAUGUUGCUCGAGAACCAGCUUCCUUACUUCGUCCUCAAUAAACUUUUCGAUCCUGUCCUCAAAAUACUAAACCCGAACAAGACAUUCCGUCAACUCGUUAUCAAGUGUUUACCCUUGGAGACAUUACCGUAUCAUUGUUUUGGGGAAUUCAAGGGUAGGCAACAUAUGUAUAGCGCCGAAAAGCUACAUAGCGGGGGAGUGAAAUUCAAAGCCGCCGGAAGAUAUCCUUUCUCCUUGUAUGUGAAAUUUGUUGAUGGUUGUUUGAAGAUACCCACUUUAAUAGUUGAUGAAGAUGCAGAGAUAACACUUAGGAACAUAAUGGCGUUCGAGCAAUGCCACUGCCGUGACAAUCCUCACGUCUGUAACUACGUCUUGUUCUUUAAAUUCCUCAUCGACACCGAGAAAGACGUCGAAUUUCUCGUCCAAAAAGAUAUAAUAAAGAAUAGGAUUGGUAACCAUGGUUCGGUGGCUACGAUGGUGAACAAGCUCUGUUUGGGAGUCAUCGACUUUGGCUCUUACCAUUCUAUGAUCGAAUCAGACGUCAACGCUCACUACAAGAGUCGAUACAAAAAGGCACUCGUCAUUCUCAAGCGCGUGUAUACAACAAUCUUUGGAGAGUUACCGACACCAUAA